CUUCCCGUAUUUCCAUGCCUUCAUGUAAUUAAAUUACGGCAACUUACAUUCUUAUCGAAAAGUGGUGAUCCAAACACGAUAUACAACAGCACAAUAACCUGGCAAAUGUGUUCGUUCAGUCAUUUUCUAUUUUUGUCAAAAUGCGCCGUUUUACCAUUUAACGUUAGCCAGAUACUUGUUUCCUUUUGUCAAACCUAUGUCUAGCAAGCUGCAAGCUAACUACAGCAGCUGAAGUUUCAGUGCAAACUUGUAACCGUGCUUACUGCACUACAAUUUUUAAGUACGUUUGCAUUUACAUCGAGUAACUUGUAGCUAUCGUUUAAAACAGCAUUGCACUUACGGGGGAUUUCAUGCUAAUUUAGGUAGCGGUCGACACGCUUGCGGCUGUCAGUGACAGCAUAUACAGAUGGCUAGCUGGCUAAAAAGAAUCGCUAGGCCUACAUUGAGUUUGGAGCUGGUGCUAAGUCGACUGGCGCGGUAUUCUGGAAUGCUGUGAUGUACAAGGUACACUAGUGCCUCUGAUUUGAGUUAACAUUGGCACAUUUAUUGGUUACGUUUAGCAUGAAAUGUUUUAACGAGGUUAUACCAGCUAUACCGGGCGGCUGUACUUUUAAAAUCUGAACUACGUUGCUUUGCAAAUUGGAUACACUGUCAGACACGUUAGGUUAGAUUACCAGCGUUUUUUCCUGGCUCAAAAUCAGGCACAUGUGCUCAACCAAAAUCGUGCAGGAGGAAUCAAAUUCACCACGCCCUUAUUUAUUAUUUGUAUUUUUGUAAUAAAGUUUUGAAUUCCCACAUGGGGAAUUGCAUUGUUUUCUUAGUUUAGCAAUGCUUGUUCCAAGUACGUAAUUUAACAAUGUACCAUUCCUGUUUUAUAGUACUGCAGCACCAUAACAUAUUUAUAUAUGUGUAAUAAGAAUUAAUAGCACAAGUUGUGCCAGUUUGCUCCUCCACCUGAAACAAGAGUGUGUAAAUAAUUCAGAAUAUUUUAAAAAAAUUGUUCAUUAUAAAAGUAACAUAAAUAAAACAUUAAUUCUUUAUAUUGAUGAAGUUUGGGGGAAAAAAUCUGAUAACAUUGAUUUUCAUUGGCUGUAGCAGUAGUAGACUUCAAGUGGAACACUGCUCAGAAUAUUUAAAUUUCAAAUGUAAUGUGAGGCGACAGGUGUAGUCAGAAUUCUAAUUUCUGAAACAGCGAUGCAAGAACUGGCUUUCAGUUUUGUAGAAAAAUUUCGCAAAUACAAACAGGUGUUGUGAGAAACUACCGCAAACUACCGCUCAGGAUGAGAACAUCAACAGCCUAAAACCGGAAGUGUGCUCGUGCCUUAUUGUAGAUAGCAUCAAGGAGCUGUACAGCUGCACAGUAGCGUUUUUCUGCGUCCUCACCGAGGUGCGUUGGUGCUGAUUAGUCUACGCUACAGCGCUCCUCUCGAGACAAACCCAGGAUUACAUCCAUGCAAGACAAGUUUCCUCAGUUUCUCUGGCACUGAAGUGCUGUCCGAGCGUUUGUGCAUGCUUAACGGCACACUCGCAAUGGCAAUGGAGCUGGACAUGAUGGAGGUGAAGCAGGUGGUGGUAGGGGCGGGGAUUGAGACCCCCAUGGACCUGGCCUCCGACAGCACCGAAGAUUCCCAUAAGGCUUUCGUCGAGGAGGAGGAAGCCACUGCACCAUCGCUUAUACAGACCUACCAGCAUGACAGCCUGCAGUGUUUCCAGUGCUUCAUCACCUUCUGCAACUCCAAAGCCAAGGAGAGGCACAUGAGGAAGAGCCACCGCGAGGAGUACAAGCAGCAGCUGCAGCAGAGCGACACGCUGUUCACCUGCUACGUUUGCGACCGCACCUUCCUGUCCUCGGUGGAGCUGACCGAGCACCAGGGCGCCCACAGCAAGGAGGACAAGCCCUUCAAGUGCCCGCACUGCCAGGAGAGCUUCCGCACGUUCUCGGAGAUGACCUCUCACCGACGGCACGUCUGCACGGAGAAGCCGUUCGCGUGCCGGGACUGCGGGAAGUCCUUCCGGGGCCCCCACCUGCUGCGCACGCACCGCGCCGCCUGCCACCCCGAGCGGGGCCAAAACCACGCCGACGACGACGAAGGCAAGACCCACCGCUGCGGCAAGUGCGGCCGCGGGUUCGAGGAGGAGGCGGAGCUCCUGCAGCACCAGGAGAACCACGCCGGGGACCUGCACUGCAACGGCGGGGCCGCGCCCAAGAGACGGGGGCGCCCGCCCAGGGAGGCGGAGCCUGCGGAGGGGGGUGGGGAGGGCGAGAGCCUGGGGGGCCGCGGCGGCGGCCAGAUGGCCCCACUCCUGCAGGCGGAGGCGGAGGCGGAGGCGGAGGCGGAGCCCGCGCCCCAGCCCCGCCCCCACGCCUGCCCCGAGUGCCAGGCCGGCUUCCCCGCUGCGUCCCAGCUCCGAGCCCACAGGAGGGAGGAGCACGGGCGGAGGCCCCACGCCUGUCCCGGCUGCGAGGAGAGCUUCUCCAGGCCGGGGCAGCUGGAGGCCCACGCCGCCCGCGCCCACGGCGCCGGCCGCCACGCCUGUCCCGCCUGCGGGAAGAGCUUCGGCCGGGAGAACAGUCUGAGGGCGCACCAGCACACCCACGCCAGCCCCCCAGAGCCCGCCCACGGGGCCUGCAGAUAAAUCGGAGAGAGGGGGGUAAAGUCCGUCAAGGAUGGGCCUAUGAAUUAACCGAGGGGGCUGGCUUAUGAACGAGCACCGGUUUCUAAAACGAAAGAAAAAUCGGGCUAGAAUAAAAAAUUAAAAAAAAAGAUAUAUAUAUAUAUUUGUAUUUGAAUACAAAUGAGGCAGCUGGGAUUUUUAAGUGUUUGAGUUGUUGCUUUUAGAAUGUGAAAAUAAGGCUGGUCUGUGGCUAUUGGGGGAGGUUUUAUGUAUCAGAAUUUAACCUGAACGAGAUGCUGUGGCUGGUUGCGAAGAAUUGAUCUAUUGAAAGCGACGUUUUUAUGACGCUGGGAUUUUCUGAAGUGGAAUUGGGGGUUUUUGAUCUUUCAUCUUCAGUCUCAGUAUUUCACUGCCCACAGAUGGGUUUUCAUACGGUAAUACGUUUAUAUGUAUGUCCUGGGAGUUAUUAAAAAUGCAACAAAUGAUUUUUGGCUCUGAGAAGAGCAGAAUGCACCUAAUUUAUUUUUUCAGUGGGGAAAGUGGGCUGCUCUCAUUCCGGGACACUUUCAACGCCUCCGUGAUCGAGCCUUUAUUAAAAUUCGGAGGCACUUUAAAUCCUGUUUGUUCUCCAUUCGUUGUAAAUCAACGCCUGUGCCCCAACUUGGUGUCAACAUUACUAGAAUGUUUUCUCUCGAACCAAAUUUGACUCAGGGAGAGUUUCUGCGUGCAGCGGACGUGCGUGGUGCCCUCUACCUUGUGUUAGCGGUGGGCUUUUGCGCGAGCUGAAAAUGGGGGCAUUUCCUGUCUUUUUUUUUUUUUUUUUUUAAAGGCGCAGUCACAGGUGCGAAGACCUGUGGAAAUCACCAUGGUAACAUCCACAUUUGCAGGUGCGCACACCAUUCUACCAUAUGGCGUGAUAAAAAAAAAAAAACCUGGAAGCGAGUGUGUUUUGUUUUUUAAAUUUGACUGAUAAUUAGGAAAUGGAUUCCGUAAAUUUUUACAAAUUUAUAUUCCUGUGAAAAAAAAAAAAAAAAAACUAAACCCGUAAUGUUUUAUUUUUUGUGUGUUUUUAAUACCCCAGAUUAAAAAAAAGAAGAAAAAACAUUUUUCAACGUGUAAUAUGUUCGUGUGUUUUUGUACGAUUAGCAGGAGUAGACUUGAUGUUGAGGUUUGGAGGGAUAAGUCUGCUGCUACCUGUAUGUGGAAUAUUUGUGCAGUUUUAAAACAGAAAAGGGCCCAUGUGAGUUUUAAAAUUUUAAUUCUAAUUUUUCAGAGUAUUUAUAAAAACCUAUCAGUGAAGCCAUUCAGAAGUUCUCCAAAAGUUGAAAACAUUGGGACAGACUUUAAAAUAGAGAUUCCAUUGUUUCUGAGAAUGUGCUAUUUUGUGUCGAAUAAAUUUUGUUCUGGCUUCAGCCAGUGGAUCACAGAUUGGUCAGUGCUUUUUUUAAAAUCUGUUUUUAUUGGUUGAUGCGUUUUAUUUUGUCAUGCUCAUGUGGGAGUGUCCUAUAGACACUUGAGAACUCGCACAAAGUUGUAUUUUGGGGGAAAUGGAUUUCUAAUGGAUCUAAAGUAGGUAACCGUCUAACGUUUUGUCCGAUUACGGUAACAUUGGGUGUGGUAAAAAUGGCUAUUUAUCUCUCAUGGGUCACUUUGUAACAAUGCAAUCCACAGGAUAUCUCUAGAAGAUCCUCUUGACUGCUUAUUGUUUUUCUUUUGUAUAUCUGUCUCCCCUUGGAGGCAGGUUUCUAUGGAAACUAAACUAACAGUAUUUACUGGACUGAGGUGUGUGCUGCCUGACCCCGCCCACCUUUCAUAGUGUUUUGUCGGAGAGUUUAUCACACUGAUGCAUGGAAAUAAUAGUCACCGUUUGUUAUUAAUGGGCGAUUGAGGCGUCUUCAGUGUCAAAAUGGACAGGUCUACUGGGGACGCACUGAUUUGAACGGAGAAUUGUCUUUGAACACAAGGCUGCUUGUGUCGACAGAGUAUUGUUGCCCCAGUGGUUACGGUGUUUGUGAAGCCACGCUCUCAUUGCUGUCCGUCUUCAGUGUUCUUUGGGACAA